AUGUUCAUCAUUGGAGCAACAAACAGAUCUGACAUUAUAGAUCCUGCAUUGCUUCAGCCAGGACGUCUUGAUCAAUUGAUAUACAUUCCUUUACCGGAUGAGGGUUCACGUCUCCAGAUCUUCAAGGCGGCGUGCUUGAGGAAGUCAUCAAUCUCGAAGGACGUCGAUCUUUCAGCUCUUGCUCGUUAUACACAUGGAUUUAGCGGAUCGCGGUGGGGAGGCAGAAAGAACUUGACGGUGAGAGAGAGGUCUGUAUUUGUGAUUGUUGUUGAAGGUAGGUAG